GUUCUAAACAGCGCGUUGUUUGACAACUUCGAUAAAAACAAGCAUCCCUUCUUCUUCAUUUAUAUGUUUAAAACCCUAAUUUUUGUACACAGUUGGCUUACCUUAAACCUUUUCUCCGAUUUUGAUUUGACGGACGAUUAAAUCGGAAGAAGGAUGGUUUGGUUUCAAUGCGAGGACUGUGGAGCGAGUCUGAAGAAGCCAAAGCUCCCGACUCACUUCAGGACGUGCCGUGCCUCAAGGUUAUCGUGCAUCGACUGUGGAGAAACGUUUGGACAAGAUAGUGUACAAGGACAUAACCAGUGCAUUACCGAGGCUGAGAAGUAUGGUCCAAAAGGGCUGUCAAAGGGCACACCUGCAAAGCCAAAGGACGGCUCGAAGCAACAGCCUGACUUUGAUAUUAAGGUUGGCUUGUCAAAUCGGUAUCCAUGGUUUUGUAGCUUAUGUAACACAAGUGCUACUAGCGAGCAGACUUUGCUUUCCCAUGCUGAUGGGAAGAAACACCGAGGAAAAGCAAAAAGCUUCCAUGCUAAACAACAGGGAUCUGACAACCCUGUGGUGGUGGAUGCAACGGAGAAUGCUUCUAAUGGUGUUACGGAAGAGAAGAAAGAAGAUUCAGUUGUCUUGCAUGUUGAGAAAAAGAGAAAGCUUGACGACACUUUAGUUGAUACGGAGAACAAGGGAGAGGUAGUUCAAACUGAAGGAAAAGGAAAUGAAGUGAAGAAAGCCAAGAAGCAGCAGGAUCAUGAGAAGAAAAUCAAUUGGAAGAAGUUGAUCACAUCAGCUUUGAAAUCUAAGGAAGAUAAAACUUUGAAGAUGAAGAAACUGAAGAAGCUCGUUCUGGAAUCUCUUGUGGAUUCAGGCAUUACUCGAGACAAAUCCGACGUUAGUGAGGAAAUAGAGCUUAAGGUGAACUCGAGCUCCAGAUUCACAGUUGAUGGCAAGUAUGUGAAACUUGUGGCUAAAGAUUGAAUCCGAUUCUUGAGGCAAGCAACAGCAACAGUCAAAUUUUUGCCAUUGUGAUUUAGUAUUAUUGUCUGUACCAAGUUUUGCAUUCUCAUUAUGGUAAAACAUUGAAACAGUUCUGAAGUGGUGACUUUUUAUUCGAGUAGACUUAUAAUGAACAAGUGUUGGUUAGAAAGUAAAGGUCGUGUCUAAGGAUCAAUGAUCUCAUUACGUUUACUUAAAUAUGUAAAUGGCAUUUU